ACUCCAUAAGUUACAAGCUUUCCAUAGCAAGCUGCUGCUGCUGCAACUAUCGAACCAUCGAGCAUACCGAGUAUCGAUAGUCUGACGACGAUUUUUAGACCGCCGGUCCCGACUCCCGAUCGUCCCGCAGUCCGCACUACCACGUUAAAACUUUAAUGAUUAGUCGCGCGCUCAAACUUUUCCAUUUCUGUAGUAACGUUUUCUUCUCGCCAUCGCUUUUAGUCGUUAUCAUAGACAAGAAUACUAUCUCGACGACGUCUCUUCAGUGAAGACAGUACAGCCGCCCACCCGCGCACAAUGGCCAACCCGAAAGUGUUUUUCGACAUGACCGUCGACGGACAACCGGCCGGCAGGAUCGUAAUUGAAUUACGAAAAGACGUUGUGCCAAAAACUGCUGAAAAUUUCCGUGCCUUGUGUACUGGAGAAAAAGGUUACGGUUAUAAAGGUAGUGUUUUCCAUCGUGUCAUCCCCAACUUUAUGUGCCAAGGAGGUGACUUUACCAAUCAUAAUGGCACUGGAGGCAAAUCCAUCUAUGGUGCCAAGUUUGGUGACGAAAACUUUACCCUUAGACAUACUGGACCAGGUAUUUUAUCAAUGGCUAAUGCUGGUCCAAAUACCAAUGGUAGUCAAUUUUUCAUCACUACAGUCAAGACUACAUGGUUAGAUGGUAAACAUGUUGUUUUUGGAUCUGUGACCGAGGGUAUGGAUGUCGUAAAAAAAUUAGAGAGUUAUGGAACUGAUACUGGAGAGACCAAAAAGAAAGUUGUUGUAGCUAACUGUGGAGAACUUUAAGCCUUUUUACACAUAUUUUGUUAUUAACAUUUCAUUUAAAAAUAUGCUGAAUUUUAUGUUAACUUUAUUCAGGAAUCGGAAACAUUCCAUCUUUUUUAUUAUUAUAUAACUAAUUUUCUCCUAUUUUUUUUUUUUAUUUUACUCUUGUGUAUGAAUGAAUAACUUGAAUUGUUUAGAAAAUUAUAACAAGCUGAUGAUAAUUUUUAGAUGAAGAAAAAA